AGAAAGGUUUCUUUCCUAUCGAGACUGUUCUCUUCAACCUAUUCUGGCUAUCGUAGCCUGAAGCCUUCGCGACCGUUCCUAUCGGCCUCAACACGUCGUGGUUGCUACCGCCGCCUGCUGUUUCGCCGCUGGUGCCUUCGCCUCCAUGCCACCGCAGGUAUCAUCCUUGCGCUUAUCGUCCUAACGUCAAUCUUCCGACCUUCGUAUACUCGGUUGCCGCCACAUUAUUCGUCUCUUCGGGAUGCAGUAUCGCAAUCGACUGAACCCGGCCGUGGAAAUCCCCGCAACGAGAAAGUCUUCAUCGCUGCGAGCUUGUACGACCGCGAUGGCGAACUGGCGCAGGGACACUGGGGAGAUAGUGUGCUACGGCUAAUUGACCUGCUUGGGCCAAACAAUGUCUUCUUGAGUAUCUAUGAGAAUGACAGCGGCGCGGACGGGGAGCGGGCGCUUCGCGGCCUGGAGACACAGGUCACAUGCAAGAAAUCCAUCGUAUUCGAAGAGCAUCUCGAUUUAGACUCUCUUGCAAAAAUCGUGGCGCCCGAUGGGUCAAGGAGAACGAAACGGAUUGAAUACUUGGCUGAAAUUCGAAACCGAGCCCUACGGCCUUUGAGCGAUCAGCAUGAUGUGCAAUACGACAGGCUCUUGUACUUGAAUGAUGUUGCCUUCAACCCGGUCGACGCACUUCACCUCUUGUUCUCUACAAAUGUAGCGGACGAUGGCGUUUCUCACUAUCGCGCAGCCUGUGCUAUCGAUUUCAUCAAUCCUUUCAAGUUCUAUGACACGUACGCGACGCGGGACCUGCAGGGUUACAGCAUGGGGCUUCCUAUCUUCCCUUGGUUCUCAACUGCGGGAGAAGGUCAAAGUCGACAGGAUGUGCUAUCAGGAAAAGAUGCCGUGCGGGUUCGCAGUUGCUGGUCAGGCAUGGUGGCUUUCGACGCUCGGUUCUUUCAGCAAUCUCCGAAAAGCCAAAGCUACAAGGGUGUUGAAACACCAGUUCAGUUUCGUGCUUCACAUGAAUUGUUCUGGGAAGCGUCUGAGUGCUGCCUCAUCCACGCCGAUAUUCAGGAACCUUUGGCGAAUGUGGAAGAUAGCGGCAUUUAUAUAAACCCAUAUGUCCGUGUCGCAUAUGAUCCCCAUACUCUGUCUUGGCUUGGGACGACUCGACGAUUUGAGAGACUGUAUUCCUUGAUUCAAAAUCUGAUCAGUCGCCUUGCUGGAUUACCAUGGUUCAAUCCUCGCCGAGAUGAGAUUCCGGGACAAAAUGUACAACGGACAGUCUGGGUUCCAGACGGAAAAGAAGAUGGCAGUGGCUCGUUCCAGACAGUUGAUAGGGUUGCAGGGAAGGACGGCUUCUGUGGACGCCCAGGGCUGCAGGUAAUUGUUGAGCAUCGCGAAGAGGGACAAAAGGGGUUGUCUUUGCUGAAAGUUGGCACGUAUCAGUACAUGAAUACUAUUCUUGCUGUGCUAGUCCAAUUUGCUGUCAUAUGUAACGCGCGCAGCAAAGUCUCUACUGCAAACGCUUUGAAGAACUCCGGUGAAUCACCCAAAGAUUCUCCCGUAGCUCAAUCCGUAGCUUUCACUCGGGGAGAUUACUCAUUUCAGCUUCACUUUUAUAGAUACCCCGAGCCGUUGGAUGCUAUGGUGAUCAUGCCUUCUCUUCUCGUGCCGAGAUGUCACCAGCUUCCUCCUCCGCCUUGGACUUUUGUAAACCAUCACUCCUCUGGAGACAUGGAGUUCGCCAACCGUGUCACAGGAGUUAUCUACGGGGUGCUUGAUUCUCUUAUGGAUCGGGCGUCCUUAGCCAGCCUUGAGGAAAGCCAGCAUGCCCCGAAAGCUGCGAAGUGGCCGACAGCUUCUCAAAUCUCACCCGGCAACCAGAGGACCUCCCUCGUUGACUCGGUCAACACACUCAGGGCGUCUUCUCUUGCUCUGGUUUCACCCUCUACAUCUCCCUCCUCUCGUUCCCCUUCCAUCAGACCCCAGAACACAUCCCCUAGCUUGUUUACCCAACAAGACUACACCGAAGAGAAAGACAACAAAACAGCGAACAUGUAUCCCGUCGCUGACGUGGACGAUACCGCCGGCUUCAUGGCUGCUGCGCGCGCCUGGAAGCCGGAGAGAGACUACACCUCGCCCGCUCAGGUUGAGGAUGUGUCUAAUGACAAGCAAGGUGGUGAGGAUAAUUCCGCCAACGCUUUGGAUUACAACGCGACUGCUGGCGAUGACGACUUCGUUGGCAUCCCCGGUGAUGAUGCUUUUGACGGAUUCGCUCCCCCCAAGUCCGAUGCUGGAGAUUUUGAAGCAGGACCCGAGACUCAGAAGUCGGUCACAGAUUGGGACGGAGCUGACAACACUGUGAAGCAGCAGCAGCAGCAGCAGCAGCAGCAGCAGAAGCAGCAUGUUACUGCUGCUGUCGCCGCCAGCUUGCCUGUUACCCAUACCCCCUCGGAGGAGGAAGAUCGCGAGAACCUCACUACCUUCAAGUCGUGGGGUCCUCCCGCUCCUCGUGACAAGCCCGCUGCUCGCAUCCGUCGUGUUAUCAUCCAGGGUCUUCCCACUGCCUGGUGUAGCCCUGCCAAGGUCCUUUCGCUUGUGCACGGGGGUGCCAUUGACAGCAUCAACGUGACUUCCUCUGGCACUGCCCACAUCUUGUUCUGUGAAGCCGAUGCCUGCAAGGCGUUUUAUGAUAAAUACCCCAACGGCAUCGAUCUGGACCGGGAGAAGAAGCUCACCGUGUUUGUGGAGAUGGGCCAGGAGGUUGACGUUGUCAGCUCCAGUCUCAGUUUCAGUCUCUCCGUCGGGGCCACCCGUGUUGUUCGUGCUGUCGGAGCCCAGAUGGAUGUCAACAUGGAGCAGUUGGUCAAGCUGGCGACCUCCAAGAACGGCAAGCUGGAGAAGAUGAUUGACACCUACGUUCCCGGUGAAGCCCGCAGCAUCGUGUUUCGCUUCUGCAGUGUCGACGACGCCGUCCGCUUCCGUGCCGCCUUCGUCCGCGAGAUUGAAUUCGAACAGUGCAAUGUUCAGUACGCGGUUGAUCCAUGCGAGACUGCGACUGGCUACCAUGUGGACUAG